AUGACACAUCAUCCAACUACAAGCAAGGAAUAUCAUAAACACACAAGUACAACAUGUUCUUCCAUAUAUAACAUGUACUAUGUCCAUUUCCCGUUUUCAAUGUUGACAAAGACAGAGUCGAUUAUCCUUCACAUAAGCGUGCUACUGUUUAUGGUGUUCAUAUUGUACGGCAUCUACUCAUAUUUGCCUGCAUGUGCAAUGACAGCGUUGUCGCAGGGCUAUUUUUAUAUAUUUGGAGAUCCGUUAGAGUAA